AUGUCGGAUCAACCCUCUACCCCCGCUCAGAACGCAUACGGCCACCAGGGUGCUGAGAGCGCUUACUCCGCAACUGCUCAGGCCGUGACGACUGGUCAGGCCGCUACUCCUGCUGCGACCAGCGAUGGACAGCCUCCAUCUUUCGCGCAGCCCGCGCCUCAGCAAUCGCCUUACCCUGGGUACCCACCUGCGGGCUACGCGGCCGCUCCCCAACCCGGAGCGCACGGAGCGUACUACGACUACUCUCAGCCAUCUCCCUAUGGAUCUUUGCCCGGUACUCACCCCGCGUAUGCUGCUGCUCCCCCACACGCGAGCCACUACCCUCCCAACCAGCACUACGGUGUUCUCCCCCCUCCCUUCUACGGCUACAGCAACCCUUACGCUGCGCACCACCCGCUUCAGCCCCCUGGUCACCAGGUGCCUUACCACCCUGAUCCUUCUGGUCAGCUUGGUCCUCCGGGCGCGAAGCCACGCGUUACUACCACUCUCUGGGAAGAUGAGGGUACCCUCUGCUUCCAGGUUGAGGCUAAGGGUAUUUGUGUCGCCAGGCGUGAGGAUAAUGACAUGAUCAACGGUACGAAGUUGUUGAACGUCGCUGGUAUGUCCCGCGGUAAGCGUGAUGGUAUCUUGAAGAGCGAGAAGACCCGUCACGUCGUGAAGAUCGGUGCUAUGCACCUCAAGGGUGUCUGGAUCCCUUUCGAGCGCGCUCUCGAGUUCGCCAACAAGGAGCACAUCACCGACUUGCUCUACCCUCUUUUCGUCAACGACAUCAAGACCUUCCUUUACCACCCCACCAACUAU